AUGGCUGCUGGACCGAUUGCUGAACGUAAUCAAGAUGCCACAAUUUAUAUUGGUGGACUUGAUGAAAAAGUGUCAGAAGCUAUAUUAUGGGAAUUAUCUGUUCAAGCUGGACCUGUUGUAAAUGUUCAAAUGCCAAAAGACAGAGUAACAGGUCGACACCAAAAAUAUGGUUUUGUGGAAUUCAUGAAAAAAGAAUAUGCUGACUAUGCAAUUAGAAUUAUGAAUAUGAUUAAACUUUAUGGGAAUCCUAUUAGAGUAAACAAGAAGAUCGUCAUCGCUGACGAAAUCGGAGAAAANAAUUUAACUACGAAGAAGAGAAUUCAAGUUCAUGCUAAUCGUCUCAAACAUGUUAUUGCUCGACAAGAAUUCGAACAAAAAGAACUCAGAGAUCAACCUGCCACUUCCAGUCAACGAGACUUCCCUUUCAAAGGAACUACCUUCCAAUAUAGACCCCUGGGAUGA